AUGGCUCAGACUGUGAGGGACGGUGCCGUCCUUCCAACAGAGAAAAGGUUUUCCUGUUCUGAGUGCGGGAAGUGUUUCAAUUUUAAAUGUUAUCUUGAUAGGCAUAUAAGAUCUCACACAGAAGAGAAGCCGUAUUCCUGUCCUGAGUGCGGGAAAUGUUUUUCAAGGAAGUCCAAUCUUUACAGACAUCAGAGAUCUCACACGGGGGAGAAGCCGUAUUCCUGUCCUGAGUGCGGGAAAUGUUUUUCACAGAAGUCUGAUCUUUACACACAUCAGAGAUCUCACACAGGGGAGAAGCCGUAUUCCUGUCCUGAGUGUGGGAAAUGUUUUUCUCUGAAGUCUGAUCUUUAUACACAUCAGAGAUCUCACACGGGGGAGAAGCCGUAUUCCUGUCCUGAGUGCGGGAAAUGUUUUUCACAGAAGUCUGAUCUUUACACACAUCAGAGAUCUCACACGGGGGAGAAGCCGUACUCCUGUCCUGAGUGUGGGAAAUGUUUUUCACAGAAGUCUGAUCUUUACACACAUCAGAGAUCUCACACGGGGGAGAAGCCGUAUUCCUGUCCUGAGUGCGGGAAGUGUUUUUCACAGAAGUCCAAUCUUUACACACAUCAGAGAUCUCACACGGGGGAGAAGCCGUAUUCCUGUCCUGAGUGUGGGAAAUGUUUUUCACAGAAGUCCAAUCUUUACACACAUCAGAGAUCUCACAAAGGGGAGAAGCCAUAGUCCUGUCCUGAGUAAGGGAAAUGUUCAUCACCAAAGUCCUAUCUUCCUGUACAUCAGGGUCCAACCCAACCCUAAUGCCGCGUACACACGA